AUGAACCGGCAAUGGAUGUAUAAUGCAGACAGGCGGAGCAAGGCGUUUAUUGAUGGCUUGCAUUAUUUUCUCGAAGUGGCAAAAGCGAACAAGCCAGAGAAUGGGUUCGUAUGUUGUCCAUGCUUCCAAUGCAAUAACAGGAAGGAGUAUUCAAAGGAUUCCCGGGGGACUAUUCACAGUCACUUGUUUAAAUACGGUUUCAUGCCUAACUAUUUGGUUUGGACCAAGCACGGUGAACUAGAGGUUGUAAUGGAAGAUGGCGAGGAGGAGGAGGAAGAUGACACCAUUCCGGACUGGGUUGCAGGCCAAGCUUUUGCAAGUACUACAAUGGGCGAGGCUGAUGAAGAUAAGUUUGCAGAAAAUGGCCCUACUGAUGACCUUGGUCAGGUGAUACGAGAUGCAUACAGAGAUUGCGAAACUGAGAAGGAAGCAGCAAAGUUGCAGCGCAUGAUAGAUGGUCACCAAAAAUUGUUGUACCCAGGUUGCCAGCAGGGCUAUAAAAAACUAGGUACGACACUAGAAUUUGUGCAAUGGAAGGCAAAAAAUGGUGUGUCCGAUAAGGCAUUUCAGGGGAUGUUGAACAUUGUCAAGAAGAUUCUCCCCGAGAAUAAUGAAUUACCGUCCACAACAUAUGAAGCUAAACAGAUUAUUUGCCCUCUCGGAUUGGAUGUUCAGAAGAUACACGCAUGCCCUAAUGACUGUAUCCUCUAUCGUGGUGAUGAAUACGAGAAAUUGGAUGCUUGUCCCGUCUGCGAAGCCCUGCGGUAUAAGAUCAGGCGAGAUGAUCCUGGUGAUGUCGAGGGGCAGUCUUCCAAGAAGAGAGUUCCCGCGAAGGUGAUGUGGUAUUUCCCUAUAAUACCACGCUUGAAGCGCUUGUUCAGGAACAAGGCGAAUGCUAAGUUGAUGCGAUGGCACAAAGAAGACCGUAAGGAAGAUGAGAUGCUGAGACACCCCGCAGAUGGGGCACAGUGGAGAUCAAUUGAUAGAACAUUCCCAGACUUUGAAAGUGAAGCAAGGAACUGUAAGAAGGUCGUCUAUAUGGGUCAUCGUCGAUUUCUCCCUGCUCACCACCAGCUGAGAAAGAGCGGGAUGCAUUUCAAAGGGGCGCCAGACCAUCGUAAAAAACCUGCACACCGUAAUGGAAAGCGUGUGUUCGAGAUGAUGAAGGAUGUAAAUGUAGUCUUUGGAAAGGGACUUGGUAGCCAACCUGUUCCGAACGACGAUAACGGACAUGCACCCAUGUGGAAGAAAAAGUCAAUAUUUUGGGAGCUACCUUAUUGGGAAAUCCUAGAGGUUCGCAACGCAAUAGACGUGAUGCACCUGACGAAGAAUCUUUGCAUGAACGUGCUAGGCUUCAUGGGUGUUUAUGGAACCUCAAAAGAUACAUUGGAAGCACGACAGGACCUGAAAUCCAUGGGGCAACGAGAUGACCUACAUCCAGAAAAG